AUGGAACUUGACGAUUUGGAUCUCGGCGGUUCCUGGCCGUUGGAUCAGAUCACGUUUGCUUCUAAUUUCAGGUCUCCGCUCGUUUUCUCUUCUUCCGAACAGCCUUUCUCUCCUCUCUGGUCCUUCUCCGAAGCUACUUCCGCCACCGCAUAUGGUGGCGGAGAGCUCAGCUCCGCCGCAGGAACUCCUCCCACUCGCUGCACCGAUUACUCCGUUUUACUUACUAGUUCGGAAUCUGAGGACAAUAAUCAAGUUCCUUCUCCCUUAUGGGGUAUAAUGCCAAUGGAGAAUCCAGAUAGUUACUGUGCGAUCAAAGCGAAGAUGACUCAAGCGCUUAGAUACUUCAAAGAAUCAACUGGGCAACAACACGUUCUUGCACAGGUUUGGGCGCCUGUGAAAAACCGUGGACGAUAUGUUCUUACAACUUCAGGACAGCCAUUUGUUCUUGGUCCCAAUAGUAACGGCCUUAAUCAAUACAGGAUGGUUUCCCUGACAUAUAUGUUUUCCGUUGAUAGUGAACGGGAAGGAGAGCUCGGGCUUCCCGGUCGUGUUUUCAGGAAAAAGUUACCUGAAUGGACCCCAAAUGUUCAGUAUUACUCGAGCAAAGAGUUCUCGCGCCUUGGUCACGCCCUGCACUAUAAUGUUCAGGGAACCUUGGCUUUGCCUGUCUUUGAACCGUCUAGGCAGCUCUGUGUUGGGGUUGUUGAGCUUAUUAUGACUUCUCCGAAGAUUAACUAUGCACCUGAGGUUGAGAAAGUUUGUAAAGCGCUUGAGGCUGUGAAUCUGAAAACUUCCGAAAUAUUGAACCACGAGACCACUCAGAUCUGCAACGAAGGUCGUCAAAAUGCGUUGGCUGAGAUUUUGGAGAUACUGACUGUGGUUUGCGAGACCUACAAACUGCCUUUAGCUCAGACAUGGGUUCCUUGCAGGCAUCGAAGUGUUCUAGCUUUUGGAGGUGGUUUUAAGAAAAGCUGUUCGAGCUUCGAUGGAAGCUGUAUGGGGAAAGUCUGUAUGUCUACUAGUGAUUUAGCGGUUUAUGUCGUGGACUUUCAUGUUUGGGGUUUCAGAGACGCUUGUGCUGAACACCAUUUGCAGAAGGGACAAGGUGUUGCUGGGAGGGCUUUUAUGUCUGGAAAUCUCUGUUUCUGUAGAGAUGUUACUCAGUUCUGCAAAACCGACUAUCCAUUAGUACACUAUGCACGAAUGUUCAAGUUGGCGAGCUGUUUUGCGGUCUGCUUAAAGAGCUCAUAUACCGGGGAGGAUGAGUACGUUCUUGAAUUCUUUCUUCCUCCAACCAUCACCGACAAGAGUGAGCAAGAUUGUCUGUUGGGUUCUCUGUUACAGACAAUGAAACAGCACUAUUCGAGUCUCAAGGUUGUCUCUGGAACUGAACUCUGUGAAAACGAAAUGUCUAUUGAAGUCGUGGAAGCUUCAGAGGAUGGAAUGAUUUACUCGAAACUUGAACCAAUCCAAAUACAUCAUCCAGCACCAAUCUCUAAGGAUUAUCUUCAGCUCAAUGCACCUGAGCAGAAGCUGAGCUUAAACCCUGACCUUAUGGAUAACAACGAAGUUGCUGAUGGGUUUGAGAUGUUUCAAACGCUUAAUCCUUCACCGGAGGCAAAAUCAGGGAAGAAAACAGAAAGAAAACGAGGGAAGACCGAGAAAACAAUCAGUCUAGAAGUGCUUCAACAGUAUUUUGCUGGUAGUCUAAAAGAUGCAGCCAAGAGCCUCGGCGUUUGUCCAACAACAAUGAAACGCAUUUGCCGGCAACACGGGAUCUCACGUUGGCCAUCUCGUAAAAUCAACAAGGUGAACCGAUCUCUCACGAGGCUAAAACAUGUUAUAGACUCGGUUCAAGGCACUGAUGGAUCAAUCAAUAUAACAUCCCUCUCGUCUCAUCCAUGGCCUCACCAAAUCUCUCCAAUCGAAAACCAACCACCACCAGCCACUAGACCGCCAACUAGUUAUCUCCAAGAUAUCAAGCUCGAGAACCGAGAUCCAGAAGACAGUUCAGGUUCAUCAACAUCGCGUGCUUCUUGCAAAGUGAGUCCUAUUUCCGAGUCGCGUUUUCGGCUUCUAACACAAAACCAAGAAGCAUUUAAACAAACGACCCUGGACGAUUCAGACAGUACAUCUAAAAACAUAACUAACUUUUGGACCUCCCAACAAGACGCAGCUUCUCCAACAACAAUCCACAAUAAGCAGGUGAGUAUAAAGGCAACGUACAGAGAAGACAUCAUCAGGUUCAAGAUCUCACCAGAGUCAGUAAGCAUUACAGAACUUAAGCAGCAAGUCGCCAAGAGGCUGAAACUCGAAACGACGGCGUUUGAGCUCAAGUAUCUAGACAACGACAAGGAAUGGGUCUCGGUCUCGUGCGAUGCUGACCUCAGCGAGUGUCUGGACACGUCAUCUUCUGCUGCAGCCACAGCGAAAGCCAAGACAAUGAGGCUCUCGGUUCAUGAUGUGACCCCAAACUUUGGGAGCUCAUGCGAAAGCUCAGAGGAAACUAUGAUGUGCUUGUGA